UCGGUUCACGCUCCCGGCCCGAAUAGGCUCGGGUAUUUCCGCCCGGGCAGGCCGUGCCGCUCGGAACCCUGGCGGCGGUGGAGGCGGGGAUCCCGCGGUGGCGGCGACGGCUGCCGCUGUGUAGCCACUGGGCGGGCUUGGCUCGGCGUGACGGUGGCCGCGGCAGCGGCGGCGGCGGCGGAGACCAGGUCAGCAUCCUUGUCCAGUGAGCAUGGUGGCAGCCUGUGCCUUAGGCUCUCUCAUCUGGUGUGGCCAGAAGAGCCACCAGCCUAGGGUGCCAAUGGCUCCCUGUGUGAGGGAGUGAGCAGCCUGCCCACCCCACCCAUUGAUGGGAGACAUAGUAGCCCAGUGACCUGGACCACACCACCAGUCCCCUUCCACCAGUUGACGGAUGGUGGACAAAACCAUCAGUGGCCCUUGUCAGGGUUGUGGAAUAAUGGAAAGUGAGGCAUGAGCGGCCCUUGUGGUCGCCUGUGAUUGUGGGAAAUAGAGGUCCCAGUACCCGAAGCCAAGCCAGUGGACCGUUCUAGCCACUGCCCUGGCCAAUGGGGCCAGUGGGGCCCCAAGAAGCCACCUGACCAUCCAGACCCCACCCCACCUAGCCAUGGCGGGUGCUGAGGGCUUCCAGUACCGGGCACUGUACCCAUUCCGCCGGGAGCGGCCAGAGGACCUGGAGCUGCUGCCGGGCGACGUGCUGGUGGUGAGCCGGGCAGCCCUGCAGGCACUGGGCGUGUCCGAGGGUGGCGAGCGCUGCCCACAGACUGUGGGCUGGAUGCCAGGCUUCAAUGAGCGCACGCGACAGCGAGGUGACUUCCCUGGCACCUAUGUGGAGUUCCUAGGGCCUAUGGCCCUGGCCCGGCCCGGCCCUCGCCCACGGGGCCCCCGCCCAUUGCCCGCCAGGCCACGCGAUGGGCCCCCUGAGUCAGGCCUCACACUUGCUGACCUGCCAGAACAGUUCUCUCCACCUGAUGUGGCACCCCCUAUUCUGGUGAAGCUUGUGGAGGCCAUUGAACGAACAGGGCUGGACAUCGAAUCCCACUAUAGGCCAGAGCUGCCUGCCCCGCGCACAGACUGGUCGCUGAGCGAUGUGGAUCAAUGGGACACCGCAGCCCUGGCAGAUGGCAUUAAGAGCUUCCUGCUGGCGCUGCCUGCCCCCCUCGUGACACCAGAGGCCUCAGUCGAGGCGCGCCGGGCUCUGCGGGAGGCCGCGGGGCCCCUGAGGCCAUUGUUGGAGCCCCCGACGCUGCCGCUGCACCGCGCGCUCACACUGAGCUUCCUACUCCAGCACCUGAGCCGAGUGGCCCGCCGCGCCCCAGCCCUGGGUCCCGCGGUCCGAUCCCUGAGCACCACCUUCGGGCCGCUGCUGCUGCGCGCGCCACCGCCCUCGCCGCCGCCAGGGGGCGCGCCGGACGGGAUUGAGCCCAAUCCCGACUUCCCUGCACUGCUGGUGGAGAAGCUGCUUCAGGAACAUUUGGAAGAGCAAGAUGUUGCACCCCCAGCGCUGCCACCUAAACCCUCCAAGGCAAAGCCAACACCCACAGGCCUGGCCAAUGGAGGGAGCCCACCCUCCCUGCAAGAUGCUGAGUGGUACUGGGGGGACAUCUCCAGGGAGGAAGUGAAUGAGAAACUCCGUGAUACACCUGAUGGCACCUUUCUGGUCCGAGAUGCAUCCAGCAAGAUCCAGGGGGAGUACACAUUAACCCUCAGGAAAGGUGGGAACAACAAGCUGAUAAAGGUCUUCCACCGUGACGGGCACUAUGGCUUCUCAGAGCCACUCACCUUCUGUUCUGUUGUGGACCUCAUUAACCACUACCGCCAUGAGUCAUUAGCCCAGUAUAAUGCCAAACUGGACACACGGCUUCUCUACCCUGUAUCCAAGUACCAGCAGGACCAGAUCGUCAAGGAGGACAGCGUGGAGGCAGUGGGUGCCCAGCUCAAGGUCUACCACCAGCAGUACCAGGACAAGAGUCGGGAGUAUGACCAGCUCUACGAGGAGUACACACGUACCUCCCAGGAACUACAGAUGAAACGCACAGCAAUUGAGGCCUUCAAUGAGACCAUCAAGAUCUUUGAGGAGCAGGGCCAGACACAGGAGAAGUGCAGCAAGGAAUAUCUGGAGCGCUUCCGGCGUGAGGGUAAUGAGAAGGAAAUGCAGAGGAUCCUGCUGAACUCGGAACGGCUCAAGUCUCGCAUUGCAGAGAUCCAUGAGAGCCGUACAAAGUUGGAGCAGCAGCUGCGAGCACAGGCCUCAGACAACCGGGAGAUCGACAAGCGCAUGAAUAGCCUCAAGCCAGACCUCAUGCAGCUGCGCAAGAUCCGAGACCAGUACCUCGUAUGGCUCACCCAGAAAGGUGCCCGACAGAAGAAAAUCAAUGAGUGGUUGGGGAUCAAAAACGAGACUGAGGACCAGUACGCACUGAUGGAGGAUGAGGAUGAUCUCCCCCACCAUGAGGAACGCACAUGGUACGUGGGCAAGAUCAACCGCACACAGGCUGAGGAAAUGCUGAGCGGCAAGCGAGACGGUACCUUCCUCAUCCGCGAGAGCAGCCAGCGGGGCUGUUAUGCCUGCUCUGUGGUGGUGGACGGUGACACCAAGCACUGCGUCAUCUACCGUACAGCCACCGGCUUUGGCUUCGCAGAACCCUACAACCUGUAUGGGUCAUUGAAGGAGCUGGUGUUGCACUACCAACACGCCUCGCUGGUGCAGCACAAUGAUGCACUUACUGUCACCCUCGCUCACCCUGUGCGUGCCCCAGGCCCUGGCCUGCCACCUGCUGCCCGCUGAGCACCACUGAGAACCCAGCGCUGAGCAGAGCCACCCCUGGACUACAGGACAGACCAGCCACAUCCAGGGGUCUCCAUCUUGCUUGCUCUCUCUUCUUUUGGGUUCUCUCAGCAUCUCUCUUUUUUUUUCUUUUUCUACAAGCCUCUCUCCCUCUUUCCCUUCCUGUCUGUCUCUAUUUCCAUCUGUCUCUGUCUCUUUCUGUCUCCAUAUUGGGGGGGUCUUACCUGCCCCCCUUCUCCUUGGGCUUUGCCCUCCCUGUGGCUCUGGCCACCCUGACCCUCUGCCCUGCUCACCCCACCACAGGCCCCUGGGGUCCGGAAAGCCCCUCCUGGCUACACCUGCCAUGUUUACAGAGGCCCCUGAGCUGUGCGGCCCCAGCCUGGGUGCCCCAAUUUUUAAGCCAUAGACCUGGGGUCAGGGCAGGAAGGAACUUCCCUCCGCUGCUUCCAAGAACCUUGGCCGUGACAUUCGGGGCUGGGCGGGACCUGCCCCGAUGGACCCCAACUUCCCCUCCAAACCUAGAAGUGAAACCUGCUGCCGACUUACCCCAUGAUGGGGCGACUAUGAGAAGUUCCCCCACCCCACAGACAAAUAAUUAAAAAUAAAGUUGUGAGCUGGCCCCACCUCCCCAGGGAAUCACAGCCCACACCCCCUGCUGGUGUGGCCUAAGUGGCUGAGAUGUGCAACACUGCCCACAGCGCCUCCAGUGGAUGCAGAUUUAGGGCUCUUCUUCGAUCAUGUUGGGUUUUGAUUUUAUUUUCCCUUCACUACAAAACCCUCUUUUCUCUUUUGGGACAAGAGCCCUGGUUUUCUAUGCUGCCUGUGGCCGCCACACUGCCUGCCUGGCUCAGCCAGGAGGCAGGUUUUGUACGGUACGUUGUUAUUGAUAAGGAUAUAAAACAUUGAACAUGGUGGUUGA